GCAUGACCUGCGUAUUGAUUUUCUCAGCGUGAAGCCAUUUCUAAUCUGUUUUACACAGUUGGCAUGGCACAGCUAGAAUAAAGCCGAACCAACCUUCAGAUGGCUGCAGUAGAUUCAGUCAAACUCUUGGUGAAUCAAAUGACGAGCGAUUUGCAAAACUAUAGUUCGUUUGCGUGGAACUUAUUGUCGGUGAUCGGUGCGUGGUACACCUUAAAGUAUUCCGUUAAAUUCUGCUGUUGGUUCAUAAGUUGCUGCAAAUGCGCUCAUAAAUAUUGGCGAAAGAGAAAUUUCGUAAAAGAAUACGGAAGAUGGGCAGUUGUUACUGGAUGUAGCAGUGGAAUUGGGAAGCAAUUUAUGCACAAACUCGCAGAACAUGGACUUAACAUUAUUCUGGUUUCAAGAAAUAAAGAUUGCCUUGAAGAAGAAGCCAAAUUUAUUGAAACUGCCUACGGAGUCCAAACCUUGCUUGUAGUUCAAGAUUUAGAGAAUCUGACGCCAGAAAUAACACAGAAGAUUCAAGAUAGGAUAAACGAGCUAGACAUUGGAAUUCUAAUCAAUAAUGCUGGGUUGCAUGAAUCACCAAAGAGUUUUACUGAGGUUGAGAUAUCAAGCUUACAUGCCAUGGUUCAAGUUAACAUGAACGCUGUUGUUGCCAUGACAGCUGCAGUGCUGCCGGGUAUGUUGUCACGGCAACGUGGUCUGAUUGUUAACAUGUCGUCAGGUGGUGGAAUGUUUCCGGUCCCGCUUAUUUCCCUUUAUUCAUCAACAAAGGCAUUUGUGGACCACUUUUCUCAAGCUUUACACUAUGAAGUGGCAUCUAAAAACAUUCAUGUUCAAUCUCUCACACCAAUGUACAUCUCGACGAGGAUGACCGAUUACUCCACAACAAUCAACAGCAACAAAUUCUUCACUCCUUCAGUUGAAACUUAUGUUAAACAUGCUUUACCUACGUUAGGACGCUUCCGAAGUAACACAGGAUACUUUCCACAUACCAUACAGUGUUACUUUGCAAUGCUGUGUCCACGAUUUCUCGUUGUUAAGUUUUCACACCGAAUGCAGUUAAAUUUGCAAAAGGAAGCAGCUAGCAUACAGAAGAAAGCUAAAUAAUUCUAUUUUAAAAAGUGCUUUUGUAUAAUUUUUGUGAUUAUCAGCAGUCAUUUUUAAGCUUAAAUCACUGUUUAAUGUAUGCAGUUGUAUUAUAUUAUGACUACUCUUGCAUGAUUUGUUUUUAUGUUGCUGUGAUUACCACAUAAUGUAGUGAAACUAAUUGUUGUGUUUGUGCAAUACAUUCUAACCCUACUAAUUAGUCCAGUGCUGUGUGGCUCAAUGGUUAAGCGCUUGCAUUGUAACCGAAGAAUACAGGAUUCAAAA